AUGGCCGAGAAAAUUUUUUCUGCUUCGGUCGGCAAGCUCGGCAAGCACGACAAGGACAGUCAGGACCUACGACGUCGCUUUUUUGUGACUGCCAUGGCUCGCAAGGCGCGAGAUGCCGUUCCCAGGACGCGAAGGGCCAGAGUUGACGAAGAACCCGGAGAGAGAGACAAAUUUAUUCUGCCAGCGCUGAACCUCGUGGACGCCGCGGUCGAGGAUGUGUGGCCGCAGGAAAGUCUGCGUCGCGUGUCUGGAAACAGCUCACGAACAGACGCAUCUGAUUCUACUUACCAAACUGGUGCAGUGCCGGAUUCGGUGGACCAGCUGAGAAGCCCUAAGGAUACGGUUGAGCUUCCUUCGGCAGUACGCGAAGCGCCCGUCGUCCACGUCACAGUCCUCAAUUCAACGGAGGAGGGAUCGAGCCACCCCGUUCCCGCUAACGAUGAGCUGCGACCACCUCUAGCAGUCAAGCGUCCGAGGACGAUGGAGCCCGGCAAGGAGCCCUGCGAAGCUCAGUGCGCCCCUUUGGAUGCUGCUGCCAAUUUCCAGGAUACCCAAGAUAUGGACACUUCUUAGUGUGUCGGCGGCGUUGAUACAUCUAUACGCUAUAUACAAGGUGUCCC